UAAUUUUUUAAAUACAAAUAUUAUUUUUUAAAUGAAAAUGUUUCAACUUUAGACUUUGAUUAAAAUACCGUUUGAAACAAUUAUUGAGUGUUGUGUAGUAGAUUGAAUAACUUUAAUGUAUAUUAAUAGAAUUAAUGCGAUCAAACRGAUCGGUCGAAAACAACUAUACCGYUCCAUUAAAAAUGCUUUUGCUGCCAUGGUCGUGUUUUAUAUAUAUAUAUAGACAUCUCUCUUUGUCAGUCGCGUGUUUUUUAUCUAUAUUCGCAUUCUCCCCAGAGAAAUUUAUAAUUCAAAAGGUUCGGUCAUYGAACUAACAACCCCCUUCGUUAUUACUCUACAUACGAAAUGCUUUUGAACGAUGUACAGUUUUCCAUUAGUCAGUUUAUGCGUGCAUCGUCAUGUGCGACCCUUUCCGCGUAAAUGACACAGCCGUCGCCAUGCUUGUGUUCGGCUCAUUUGACCGACAUCGGCAAAAGGCUGUAGCCGUCACGUGUACAACUUACCUAUUAAACUUCAAUAAAACAUAUUUUAAUAAMAUUAUGUAUUACACCGCACGCUUGGUCGUCUCUGGGGACGAUGUUUAAAUGUAUACUAUCUCUGCCACGGAACAGACCAUCUUUGUAAUAAGACAUAAUAUUGUACAACUUUGAGCAUUCUCCAUUUCGCCGUGGUGUACCAGGUGCCUGCAGAACAGUGAUGCAGCGGGGCCCAGCCCAAUUGAGUUCCGUGUCAGACCUGUACGUUAGCGACGAAAUAUCGGUGCUGCUCGAAGAGAUCCACGACUUGGAACCGAAGGGCAACAUCGCUCCUAUCGACGACGAACAAGAGUUUGAGAUCAACGGCAGCCAGACGGGAGGCUCGUGGCUGGAAGUCACCAACAGCAUGGCGGGCACACCGGGAUCGUGGGAUUCGCACGCCAACUACAAACACCAAGAGGCGUCUAGGGCCAGAUACAACGGGGUGGUGUUGCACUACGACAAGAGGCCAAUGAAGACACCGUCGGGCGUCAUCCGAGUACUACUGUUGGUCACCUGUGUCUUGUGCAUGUUAUGCCUGUGCUUUGCCGGCACUUCCAGGUUGGCGUUGUUCAUGUUGCCAAUGCUUAAUCGCAUACGGUUCAUACUGUUUGUCACAUUGUUCAAUUUUCUAGUGACUGGAGCUAUUCUUUUUUUGGACGUCACACACACCGUAUACUUAUUUCCGUUCAACUGGGGAAAAUUGAAUGUACUGUUCUACGUCAUGAUGACCAUAUUGUGUCUCACAAGCUCCUCGCUAGUCCUUCAUCAAGUAUAUUCAUUUCAUGAGUUUUAUACAUGGGUACCACGUACUACACGUCAUCAAUUGCUCGUKGCUGCAGUAUUGGGUUAUUUGUGCGCACUGGAAACGUUGUUGCUGGCUUUGCUGAGUCGCUGUGAUGGUUUAGGCGGCCUACAUUACCGCCAAGUUAAAGAUGAUAUGACAAGUCCUCCAAAUACAUUGCCUCUGCGUCAAAGAAUUCCACCGCCGCCCACUGUAGUAUAUUCACCAUCACCGUCUCCUUCAUUUUGCUUACGWUCCAUCAACCCCAAAUCAUAAUCACUAGCAUAUAUACCUAUAUGAAACAAAUAUUUAAACCAGAAACAUACAACUAUAAACUACUUUCCAUAAGUCUUAAUAUAUAAUGUUUACAGUAUGUAUUGUAGUCUUGUGUAUGGUAUUGAAUUACGACCAAUUUAUAAAUUAUAAGAAAUUCUCCAAAAAUACUUCAUAUAUUUUUGUAUUGCUGAAAAUAU